AGCUUGUUUUAAGUGUAAACAAGACCUGGCUUUUGUGCUUCAUACUCGAAGACACUUCUCAGCUGAAGCAAGCCAAGCCCAGUCAGUGUGGAGCUCAUAUUUGGGUAACCAAACACACACUUCCAUGGAGUCCUCCUCCCCCUACCUCCAGCCUUCUUCAGCCUUGCCCUCCACAAGAGGAAACUCAUUCCAUGGAGUAGGAGCUGAUACAGCAAAUGGAGGAGAAAGAGGACGCAGAAACUCAUUUGGGCCCACCUUCAGUGACCCGCUCAGCAGCCUCAAUCUGAAGGAGACCUCCGAGUUCGUCAGGUCCUCCUUCCCCAUGGCCACCAUGACCAGAAGCAGCAGCAGCAGCAGCAACGGCCAUGGCCAUCACCACGAGGCCUCGACCACUUCAUCCUCCUCAUCCUCCACGGCCUCAGCGCAGAGGCGACGAGCAGAACCGCAGGUGCAGCAGGUCGUCCCGGCGACACCGGGGCGGCCAUUGCAGUUCUUCACAAGCCCUGCACACCAUCAGCAGCUCGUCGCCCCGAGGAGGUCGGUGCCGUCCAAGUGGGAGGACGCGGAGAAGUGGCUGCGGCAGUCAUCCGACUCUGACCACCACGGCGGCAAUGGCAAGGCCGCCUUCUCCAGGCAGCGGAGCGGCGGGCUGGGUCACAGAGGCGGCGGCGGCGACGAGGAGAAGAUGGCGCCGGUAACGGUGAGGAGGUCGGUGGAUGCCAAUGCGCUCGCUCUGUACACGCCACCGGCUGAAGUGCUCCUCAAAGACAAGUUCACCGACAACGAGGAGCCGUCCAAGGAGAACUUCGUGUUCCGGAGCUCGUACUGCGAACCGCCGCUGGCGAAGGGCACGGCGGUGCAAACGGUGGCUGCCGUCGACUACCGGAGGGACAUUGGCACGGAGAUGACGCCGCUGGGCAGCUCAUGCCACACGCCAAUCAAGAGCACCUCCCCGGUCAGGCACAACACGCCGGCGGGCCGGUCAGGCCCGCUGGUGCCGUACACCGGCGGCGGCAUGGACAUCUCGGAGCUGGCGGACUGCCACCUUGCGAAACUGGACCUGGGCGCGCGGUUCGACGCCAUGCUCGUCAACUGGAGCUCCAAGGAGGAGGAGGAAGAGGAGGUGUCCAAGAGCCUGAGGCACUUUGAGGCCACUGCCGGCGCCGGCGGUGGACCAUCGUGCGACAAACGCGCUGGCGGCGCGGAGUGCCGGUGGGAGGACGAUGACAGGGCCAAGAGCUGCAUCAGGUAUCAGAGGGAAGAGGCAAAGAUUCAGGCUUGGAUUAACCUGGAGAGUGCCAAAGCUGAAGCACAAUCAAGAAAGCUAGAGGUGAAGAUUCAGAAGAUGCGGUCGAAUCUGGAGGAGAAACUGAUGAGGCGGAUGAGCACCGUGCACCGGCGCGCUGAGGAAUGGCAUGCCACGGCUCAGGCGCAGCACCUGCAGCAGCUACGGCGCGCCGCUGAGAACGUCCGGCGUCUCAGGGCCACGAGCCACCACCGUCAUCUGCCGGGCAGCGACGCAUCCUCCUGCGGCUGCUUCCCCUGUAAUAGCAACAUCGUCAGUGGCAACCUCUUGAACUACUACUAGGCAGCUGUUCUGGGGAAGAUCGGGACUCAGGAGGUUCUUUUCUUACGAAAUCGGCAUGAUUUGCAAAGAACCAGGAUGGAGAGAUUAAUUGAUGAGAUGUAUGAAAAAGCUGUGAUUCUUUGUAGUAAGGUGGUAUACCAGGUUGUUGAAUGCUGAUCCGCAGUUCAGACAUCAAGAGUGGUUUUUCCUCUCUUUAUUUUCUUGUGUCGGUGCUUGAGUUCUUUCACUACUCUGGUGUCACGCCUGCAACUUCCCUGGUCAACAACAACAAUAAGAACAGUGUCAACAACCAAAACCUGCAGGAGAAGCAACUUCCUGUUUUGCAAGACAACUGACAAUGGUAAUCCCAAAUUAAGUACUCCUGGUCAAGUGCAGAAUUGAGGCAUCAGAGUUCAUGGUUUU